AUGGCCAGUAUCCGCGAUGUACUCGGGCACGCCUCGGUUCUCCCGCGGCACGACUUCGCGUACGGACCCGGCAACACAGCGGCAAACAUAGUUGGGCGGAUACGUGUGUUCAGGUCGGCGUAUGAGCUGCGCGAGAAGUGGUCGUACAACAACCAGAUGUACAUGCCCGGUGCGCGCCUCGUCGCGCAGUACUCUGGCAUGUCAUGCGCCGACUUUCUCCCCACGCGCAUCUUUGGCCGGCUCCACAUGGACGACACGACCAUCUGGCCGUCCGUCGCCCAGCGAUCCGGCAAGCUCGUCGAACCAGACGCUCUUCCCGGAGAGUUCUACCUCCGCCUACUGCAAGGACCUCCUCUUGGGCUUCCUUUCGCUCGGAAACCCGCCUUCCGGAGCGUGUGGGCGACGCACGUGCGGAUGGAGUACACAGAUGGCAACGCUUUCGACACGACGUUCACCGCCAUCUUCCCGGCGGGCUACGGGCGCAACAGCAGCGCGUUCGAGUUCUCCGAGACGGGCGAGUCCGGUGGUCCGGUGGAGUUCGACGUGCGGGAUGGAGAGGUGGUCGGAUUCUCGCUCAUCACGGACUGGGCGGCGGUGGAGAGGCGAUUUGGCGAGGGCGCGGGCGCAAGGGAAGUGGCGGAUGCGUUGUUUGAAAGAGUUGACUAG